AAUACCGCAUGUAAUAUUUCUGAAUAAUACCGUCGGAAUAGAUAACGUCUUAUCGGUGCGUAGAUAACUGUACAGUACACGGAUGAUUAAUAGCGCAACGUUUGAUUGAAAUUUAUUGAUAGUUACGCAUCGUUAUGGGAAAUUUAUUAUCGACUGACCAUAUCCUCGACGAGGAAACUCUCAUUACUUACGUCGAAUUGACUUAUUUAAAAAGGCACGAAAUACUUCGCAUUAUCAAACUCCUCGAUGCCAUCGAUCCAGGAAAACUUCGGAAAAAUCCUGAGCAUCGUUUUACAAUAAAACAAAUCGAAACGAUACUGCCUCAAAUUAGAUACAGUCCGCUCCAUGGUUCGAUAUAUAGAGUGUUCUCGUCGAAAAACGAUGGUCAUUUAGGGCUCGAAGACGUUUUGGAUCUAUGUUCGGCAUUUUCGAGGGAUUGCCCUGAAGAUGUUCGCGCUGGUUGGGCAUUCCGUAUCUUUGACUUGGACGGUGACAAUGAAAUUUCAGCCAAUGAUUUGAUCGAGGUUGUACGUAGAUUGACACGAAACGGCGGGGAUGAAUACAGUAGCAUCGAUAAGGCGGAGGCGGAACACGUUGCACGAAUGGUGCUUGACGAAAUACUGUUCAAUGAACUGUUAUUCCGACAUGGAGAUCGAACACCCGAUAAAAAAGAAAUAUAUCCUAAAUUACCUACCAAUCACAUCUAUGAGACGCUUGGGUACGGCCAAUUAACCGAGGUAGGGAAAAUGAGGGUGCAUCGUCUUGGAAAGAUGUUGAGACAACGAUAUGAUAAAUUUUUGGGUAAAGCUCAGUAUGGCGAAGUUUAUGCGAUCAGUACAGAUUUUGAUCGCACAAAAAUGUCCCUACAGCUGAUUUUGAACGGACUAUAUUCACCGACAACAAACGAGACCCAGAACCAAAUCCAUUCGUCUGCCAUACCAACACUGUACUAUCCAAGACUUUUAGACACUGUACUGUUGUCGCAGGUUUGUCCAACAUACGUGGAAGAAUUGCGAGGGGUGAAAAAGUCGGCUGCAAUUGCCAAAAAACUAUCGGAAUACAAUGAUCUUUUAGAACAUCUUUAUGAAGAAACUGGCAAGAGCAGAGACGAUCCGAUCAUGAUGGUAACUGAACUUUACCAACUCUUGGUAUCACAGCGUAGCAUGAACAUUCCUUUGCCGGAAUGGGCCACCGAGAACGUUCAAAAACGUAUGGAAGAAAUAGUACGGUUAGAUCUUGAAACUCAAUCGUAUACCAUGCAACUGAAGCGACUAAACGGCGGUUCGAUUGUAAAACGAUUCAUUGAAAAUAUACGUAACACAACGAAUAAAACCAGACCGAAGAUUUACUUAUACAGUGGGCAUGACAUCAAUAUUGCUAGUUUUGCCAAAGCGAACGGUUUCACCGAACCGAAGAUACCGACUUACGGGUCUGCAAUUAUAGUUGAGACUUUGAAAAAUCUGCUCGGCGUACGGUUUAUUCGGAUGUAUCUUUGGAUUGGCACUACAGAAAAAUUGAUACCUUAUAAAAUUCCUAAAUGCCUGCAAAGUUAUUGCCCGUUCGAUCUGUAUGUAGCGUACAUGCAGAAUGUUAUCCCUACGAACGGGGAAUCGGAAUGUUUGUGGAAUACUAUGACAAUGAAACGGUUACGGGAGUAUUAUAAACUACUAGAAUAUUGAACAACAGAUUCUCGAUAACCAACCUGUGCACACAAAUAUUUAAAAUUAUAAAAAUAUAGCUAUAUUAAUUUGAAA